CAACAAAGCUGCUAAUUUAACCACUUCGGUAGCUUGCUAGACAACAGAAAAGCGAAACACUGAAGCGCCUUAUCCCAUUUUGGAUAUAAUACUCUGUGUUUUAAACCCAAUUCUGUUUACGUAUCUGGUAACGUUUGUUAAUUACGUUUAAGUUAACUAUUUGUUGAAAUUGAUAGUCAAACUAGCACUAAGCUAGUCGCUAAUGCUAACUAGCUAGCUAGCUAGCUAAAAUCCCCGACCAUGAGCUCAGUAAGCUACUCUGCUAAAGAAGGGGAGGUCUGUUGGACGGAGAAAGAAGCUCUGGGGCUGAACAUUGUCGUAAAAGAGGAAGACGAGGAUUUUACCAUGCAAGGAGGGGAAGGGGCUUUCAAAACGAUAAAAGAGGAGGAGGAGGAUGUUACAGUGAAAGAGGAGAAAGAAACGUUUGGGGUAAAAGAGGAAGAGUGGAUAGAGGCUGUCACAGUGGAAGAGGAGGAGGUAGAAGCUUUCAGAAUUAAAAAGGAGGAAGAUGAGGCUUUCACAGUGGAAGAGGAGGAGGUAGAAGCUUUCAGAAUCAAAAAGGAGGAAGAUAUUAUAUUGAAAAAAGAGGAGGAGCCUUCUAGAGAGGAAGAGGAAGGAGAGGAGGAGGAGACUGAACAAGAUCUGAUGAUCACCAGAGAAAGAUCAGACUCAGAGGAACCAGAGACGUCCAAACCAGCAAAAGACACGACUGUUCCAACUGCAGGAAGAGUUUUACCAAGUUAGGAAACCUGAGAAGACAUGAGAGGACACACACAGGAG